AUGGCGGAGGCCGGGCCGCAGGCGCCGCCGCCCCCGGGCACCCCAAGCAGGCACGAGAAGAGCCUGGGACUUCUCACCACCAAGUUCGUGUCGCUUCUGCAGGAGGCCAAGGACGGCGUGCUUGACCUCAAGCUGGCAGCUGACACCCUAGCUGUGCGCCAGAAGCGGCGAAUUUAUGACAUUACUAAUGUACUGGAAGGUAUCGGGCUAAUCGAGAAGAAGUCCAAGAACAGCAUCCAGUGGAAGGGCGUGGGGCCUGGCUGCAAUACCCGGGAGAUUGCGGAUAAGCUGAUUGAACUCAAGGCGGAGAUCGAGGAGCUGCAGCAGCGGGAACAAGAACUGGACCAGCACAAGGUGUGGGUGCAGCAGAGCAUCCGAAACGUCACAGAGGACGUGCAGAACAGCUGCUUGGCCUACGUGACUCAUGAGGACAUCUGCAGAUGCUUUGCUGGAGACACCCUUCUGGCCAUCCGGGCCCCGUCAGGCACCAGCCUGGAGGUACCCAUCCCAGAGGGCCUCAGUGGGCAGAAGAAGUACCAGAUUCACCUGAAGAGUGUGAGUGGGCCCAUCGAGGUGCUGCUGGUAAACAAGGAGGCAUGGAGCUCGCCGCCUGUGGCUGUGCCUGUACCGCCCCCUGAAGAUCUGCUUCAGGGCCCCCCUGCUGUCUCUACUCCUCCGCCUCUGCCCAGGCCUGUCCUGGUCCAGCCUCAGGAAGCCUCACGCCCAAGCAGUCCCCAGCCUACCGCCCCUGCCCCUGUCUCCAGCGGUAUUGAGGCCCAGGGGGUGGCUGGCCCAGCUGUUGAGAGCACAGUGAGUUGUGGCCUUAGAACUGAUAGCAAAGACAGUAGUGAGCUCAGCUCACUCCCUCUGGGCCCCACAGCACUGGAUACCCGGCCGCUGCAGUCUUCUGCCCUGCUGGACAGCAGCAGCAAUAGCAGUUCCUCUGGACCCAGCCCUUCUACCUCCUUUGAGCCCGUCAAAGCAGACUCCACAGGUGUUUUGGAACUCCCCAAAGAGCUGUCAGAAAUCUUCGAUCCUACACGAGAGUGCAUGAGCUCAGAGCUGCUGGAGGAGCUGAUGUCCUCAGAAGUGUUUGCCCCUCUCCUCCGUCUUUCUCCACCCCCCGGAGACCAUGAUUACAUCUACAACCUGGAUGAGAGUGAAGGUGUCUGUGACCUCUUUGACGUGCCUGUUCUCAACCUCUGA